CAAAGUAAUUCGACCCUCAAACCCGGAUGUAACCAACGCCUAACCUGUCCGAAGAAAAACGAUGCAGACUAUAAAAUGUGUAGUGGUUGGAGACGGUGCAGUAGGAAAGACCUGCUUACUGAUCUCCUACACAACCAACAAGUUUCCCUCAGAAUAUGUGCCUACGGUUUUUGACAAUUAUGCAGUGACGGUGAUGAUUGGAGGAGAGCCCUACACACUCGGACUAUUUGACACUGCAGGUCAGGAGGAUUAUGAUAGGCUGCGUCCUCUCAGCUACCCACAGACAGAUGUGUUCCUUGUAUGUUUCUCAGUCGUCUCCCCCUCAUCGUUUGAAAACGUCAAAGAGAAGUGGGUUCCUGAGAUUUCUCACCACUGCCCACGCACACCCUUCCUGUUAGUGGGCACACAGGUGGACUUGAGGGAAGACAGCAACACGAUCGAUAAGCUGGCGAAGAACAAACAGCGCCCCCUAUAUUCCGAGAGCGGAGAGAAGCUGUCGCGUGACCUGAGGGCUGUCAAAUAUGUGGAGUGCUCUGCUCUGACACAGCGAGGUCUUAAGAAUGUGUUCGACGAGGCCAUCCUGGCGGCCCUGGAGCCUCCUGAGACCAAAACCAAGAGAAAGUGCGUCCUGCUAUAGACGACCAAUGGCAGCGAGAUGUAACGGUGUAAGAAAUAGGUGGGGUGAAUCAAAACAUCAGAAAGAUCAAUGGCCAUUAUGAAAAAAAAGGACAAAACAAAAGGGGAAGGGAGGUACAACGCCAUUGAGACUUAUUCGAAAACACGUGUACACUGAUUGUGCCUUCAAAAUAAACUUUGAAAGAGGCUGAGGGAGCAAAACUUCGGCAUUCAGUAAAUGCAAUAAGUUUCACCUAUCUCCUUUUCUGAAAGCUUUCCAAAACCGCAGUGUUCUCUCUCCAAAUAUUCAGGUGGGGCGGGCCCCCCCCUGCCUGUCACUAUUGCUCCUUUUUUUUAAAUUUUUUUUUUUUUUUUUAAAGAAAGAUUCUUUUAUAUAGUUGCCUUUGACCUGUGUUUUACUUAUUGAGGCCUAUUGAAGGGUUUUAAACCCAGUGUAGGGAAAUCUAAAUCGGGAAACACUGACAACAUUAAGUUUUUUUUAGUGAACUUUAGUCAGUACAUUUAAAGGGGGAACUUAAUGUUGUCUUAAGUGGUACUCUAUUUGCUUUCUUUUUUUGACCCUUUUGGAUUGAAAAAUGAAAGCACAAGAGAUUUAUUGUCACUCCAAACAAAGAUAAAUGUCUGUAAUGGUUACUUUAUUCCAAUUCUCAGAGACUUCUGAGGAGCAUAAAAGUGCAUUUUCGCCAAUUUCCCUUCAUCAGUUGAAUUCUGAAUUUCUAUUUUAUUCUUCUUUUAUGUAUAUUGUAUUAAUUCUGUGACUGUUUUGGGAAUUUUUUUUUAGCAGUUAUUCAUUUUGAAACUUGAGUUUUUAUUUUAUCAAGAUUUUUUUUUUUUAUUGCUAGACUACCAACUUUGAGCGAUUGAUAAUAUAACAAAUUAAGUUGUAAUAUUUUUAAUAGAUCUCAGUCUUGAGAUUGAGACAAUAACCUUUGCUAGUAAAUUUCUGGGUGUUUGUAAUCGCAGGAUAUUUUUAAUAAAAUGGUUUAAUGAUGUGGAAAGUA